AGACCAACGGUGUGGAUUACUAAUAGGUUUUAUGGCAGAAGAUAUGAGCCGUGGAUUUUGCUUACUGCUUUUUAUACAAAUAUUGGAAGAUAAUGGGAAGCAAGUCGAGAGAGACAGAAAAAAAAGGCAGAGAGAUGGAGAGAAAUAGAGAAGCUCGAAGAGUGCCCAUGGCGGCCGCCGGUAAUGGUUUCUCUAGACGGCGACAUAGAGCCGGAAGUUUCAGAGACUCUCCAGAGGAUGAAAGUGCGGUGGAGUUUCCGGAGACGGCGAGGUUAAGAGAUCGGGGCGGAGGGAGUACGAAGAAGGAUCGAGAUCGAGAACGAGAGAGGGAAAGGAAGAGAGAUCGAUUAAAUAGCCGGAGUAAAAGGAGAAGAGGAGAACGAUUGAUGAUGAUACAAGGUAAUAUUGACGACGGCGGCGGAGAUGACGACGACGAUACCUCCGAGGAGAGUGUUAACGACGAUGAAGAAUAUGACGACGGCGGAGCGAUGAAGAUGAUUCCACCGGCUUUGACAAAUCAUCACCAUCAGAGAAAAAGUUUUCCUCAGACUAAAGUUUUCAGAUCGUCUCCUUCUCCGACGCCGCCGCCGGUAUCAUCUCCUAUUGUUUCUUCAUGGAAAGCCGCCGACGAAAUGAUCGGUGUGUCGGUUCCUAGAAAAGCCCGGUCAGCUUCUACUAAGAGAUCGCAUGAGUCUUGGACUACAGGAGGAGGAGUUUUCGCUUCCGGAGGACAACUUCACCGGCAAAUAUCAAGUCCAGCUUCUUUGUUAGCUUCUCCAUCACCACCAGGUCCUCACUUCACCAACGAUUUAGUCCGGAAGAAGAUGACUCCGGGACCAAAACAGAAGCCGCUUCCGCCAAAGUCUCCGGUGGCUGUGCAAGACGAGAUCGAGAUCGAGAUCGCGGAGGUUUUGUACGGAAUGAUGACGCAGCCUCAAGGACCAUCUAAACAAGAAGCCGCCGGGAAUGAUUCCGGUGAGAUCGGUAAACCAGCGGCGAAUUCGGCGAUCGCUCCAAAGAGGAAGAGACCACGACUAGUUAAAUACGAGGAAGAAACAAUUUCCACUACCGUUAAGGGCGAUGUUGAAGUUCCUUCAGAAUUCACCGGAGAAAACCUCUCUGUUUUGGAUUCAACACCGUCUACGACCGCGAGAGAAAGCAAGCCGUCGUUAGAUUUGAAAUCAGCGGCGGAGAAGAAAGAAAAUGGUAUCUCGAAAGAAGAAAAAGUAUCACUGGAAAUGGAAUCUCCGGGUGGGAUAAGAUCCGAUGGCGAUGUGACAAUCACGUUAAGAGUUCAAGCAGGUUUGCCUACACCGGAAAUGGAGAAGAUUGAUAUAAAUCUGAUGACACCACCGCAAAGAAGAUCUUCACCGGCGAGAAAUAGUGAUAUUGAAUGUGUGGUGACAGAAGCUAAACCUAAAGUCACGAUUAUGGAAUCGGAAAAUGAGAGCAAAGCUCACAAGGAAGAUCUGAUUUUGAAGCCUGAAGAUAGAAAUCCCAGAUCAGAGGCAGAAGCUGAACUACAAAAAUCAGAGAGAAACUGUGAACUUAAACUCGAUUUUGAGAAAACUGACCCAGAAAACAAGCACCAUGUUCAGAAGCAACUAUCUGGUUCUGAUAGAGCAGCUCAAGCUAGUCCUUUGCCUCUACAUAUGUCAAUACCGAGCUGGCCUGGAGGGUUUCCUACAAUGGGAUACUUGGGGGGACCUACACAGGGUGUUGUGCCGACAGAUGCCAACUCCUUACCAUCCACAACUAUGCAGCCUCCGCAUUUGUUAUUUAAUCAACCUAGGCCAAAGAGAUGUGCAACUCACUGGUAUAUCGCUAGGAAUAUCAAUUAUCAUCAGCAAUUAACGAAAAUGAAUUCCUUCUGGCCUGCAGCAGCAGGAUCAGCCCCAUUGUACGGGUCCAAGGUCUGCAAUCUUAGUCUCAUACCUUCUGCAGAGCUACAAGGGAGCGUUUUGAGCACAAGCUCAAACUCUGUACCUGAGAAGAGCUCUCAAUCUUUACCUAACAGCUCAGAUACAGUCCAGAGGAAUCAAAUACUACUCCAGCAAACUCUGCCUCCUGGAGCUGGUAACAACAUCAUGCAUGGCCCGACAUUCAUUUACCCAUUGGGCCAGCAGCCUCAUGCAAUUGCUGCCGCUUCUGUCAUGCCUCCUAACACCAGUAACACAGUUGCAUCAUCUGGUGCAAUGGCUGCUUCUGCAUCAGCAGCUCCAACAAUGAGCUUCAGCUACCCAAAUAUGCCGACCAAUGAAACUCAGUACCUGGCUAUAUUGCAGAAUAAUGGGUAUCCAUUUCCAGUCCCGGCGCAUGUUGGCGCACCACCUGCUUUUAGAGGAGUUGCUGGGCAGCCUAUGCCAUUCUUUAAUGGUUCAUUCUACUCUUCUCAAAUGGUCCACAGUCCACAUGUUCAGCCACAGCAGCAAUCUGGUCAAGGGCAACUGACUCAUGCUCCCAGCAACCAGAACACAAACGUUUCCACUGGUUCCUCGGCUGCACAAAAGCAUCUCCAGAACCAACAACGAAGGCCACCAGUAAAUUCACAAGGAUUUCCUACUCAGAAAGUUCAGUCUCAGCCUUUGAGCUUUCAGCACAGGCAGCAUCCCAGAGAAAACGCAACUCAACAUAGUGAAACUGCAGGAGAAGAUAGCCCAUCCAUUACUGAUACACGAUCCUCUCGUUCCAAUGUUGCAUAUGGCCAUAACUUUGCUCUGCCGAUGCAACCAACCAACAUGGGUUUGAUGGGCCCCUCAGGUGGCGGAGUGGUCGGCACCUCUAACAAUCAUGGUGAAAGGAAACCAGAACAGCAGGGAUCAAAGGUGAGUGCGGAAUCUAUUCAAUCUCAGCCUUACGCAAUGACCUUGGCGGCAUUCAAUGGAGGUCUGAACAUGCCAUCUAUGGCUCAAAAUCAUGCUAUACUCCAUGGCGUUCCCGAAACAGCAAGGCAAGGGUAUCAUCAAAUGAUGGCAGCUGCUGUGGCUGCUCAAUCAGCCAAACAUAAAAUGAAUAAUUGUGGUCCGGAAGAUGGAAAAUCUGGGUCUAAUGCUGCUGCUAAUGCCACAGAGGAACGGAAGAUAACAGGGGUAAAUGGGAAAACAACAACUGCAAGUGUUGGGGCUUUCUCUAGCAAACAAGAUUCGGCUGACGCAUCUGCUUCUGCGGUAACAAGUGGUGGUAUAAUUGAUAGCUCAGCUCGAUUGCUCAACCUUGGCUCUGCUCAGCCCUGGAGUUCCAAUUCUGCACCAACCUCUCACCAGCAGCAACAUAUGCAGCGAAAUCAACCGCAGCAGCAGCAGUAUAGCAAUUAUCUCCAGAUGCAACAACAGUAUGCAGUUGCUGCUGCUAGAGGAAAAGGGCCAGUAAUGAGUAACGGGAGUGGUUUCCCGGAUCAUAAUUUUGCCACCGCGCCUACAGUGGGAUCCAAUAACCCUAAUGCUACUUCAGGAUUUCCUCAGAAUCUUGUCCAGUCCUGUAGUGGCAGUCCGGGUCAGUCCCCUCAGUGGAAGAACAAUUCACCCAGAGCAAACACCAUGGCCCAAGCUCAGUCUCCUUCCAUGAUGUCACCAUCUGCUUCAUCGUCACUCAAAAACGUACAGCAGAAACAGCAAGGUCGACCCCACCAAUCACAGAUAUCUUUUGCCGCAAACUCUAAAACUCUGCCUUCUAAUUCUCCAAUGCAGCAAGGAGCGGGUAGUGCUAACCAGGCUCCAUCACCCACUACGUCCUCUGUCUCCAAAAACGCCGGAGGAAUCCCAAGAACAUUGGCAUCAACCUCAACCGCGAACACAGCUGGACAUGGUCUAGCUUCCUCCUCUUCUCUGUCUUCAUCUCAGCCAUCCAAGAACCCACAGUCGGCAUCACCUGCAGGUGGAAGGAACAACGGUUCGUCUAUUCUAGGAAAUCCUCACGUUACUACCACCACCUCAAACCCUACUUCGAAGUCUCAACAACAACACCACCUGCAACACGCUCAGCUUUACUUCUCAAACCCAUAUAUGCAAUCUCAACAUCAUCAGCAGCAGCAACAACAGAUGACUAUCUCUCCUGCUAGUGGCUAUUACAUCCAAAGACAUCAGCAACAACAACAAGCAGGAUCAUCAACUGCUGCGACAUCUGUUACCCUCUCCAGCUGCACCACUGUCACUUCAGAUCCGGCGAAACCUGGAGAUCAUAAGCAACAAGCAACAAGCGGGUCAAUUGAUCAUAUGAAAGGUGGAGGGAGCAACAACAACAAGUUGCAGCAUACACAGACUGCAGGGAAGACGCAUCAUCAGCAGCAGCAGCUUAUUCCUCCAGGGUUUCCAUAAGUCCAUGCGGGUCAAGUGAAACCUGGAGAUCAUAAGUAACAAGCGGGUGAGUGAAGUUUGAGAUUUUAUCUCAACGCUUGUUGAUUCCUCUAAAGCCCGUGGCGCUGAGGAAUGGAAGACUUUGGACAUAGUGUGACGUCCCUAAGAAAUGGAUUAAGUGUUG